UAAAUCAAUACUAUACAAAACUGAAGUCUCUCAAGCACAACAUCUGUUGCGAAUUCGGGACCGAGAACCAGUCUGGUGAGCCCCAAAUGCACCCACUGUCACAUACGUCGUCCGCCAGGCGUCACCUGUAUUACGCCGUGGUUUCUUCCUCCUCCGAGUCUCUGGCUCAUUAUAUUACACCCAACAAAGGAGAAUCCAUCUCCUCCCCUGCUGCCCAACUAUCUUGCACCACAAACCGCCAAGGUGGAUCCCUUCACCAGCGACGAGGCCACCGUUCCCCUUCUCACCAUGGCUAGCCACAGCCAAAAUGAGCCCCCCUAUCGGGAAGAUGGCUACGACCACAAGGCCUCCCCAGUCGUCACGCCCACUCGGGUUCUCUCACCCACAUACUCUCCCGCCACAGUCCUUGCCGACUCAGAUCUGGACGGACUGAGCCUGUACGAAAAGAAGUGCGUCUUGGUGAACCGUGAGAUCGACGCCAUGGGAAUGGGGAGAUACCAGUGGUAUAUCUGGGGCCUGUGCGGGUUUGGGUAUAUGCUGGAUCUGCUGUGGGCACAGGCCUUUGGGCUGACGUUGAGCCCGCUGCAACAAGAGCUGGGAUUUGGAAAUGAUGAGAGCGGGAACAUCUCGACGAGCUUCAAUGCAGGACUGACAGCUGGGGCGUUCUUCUGGGGCGUCAUGAGUGACCUGGUUGGUCGAAGAUGGGCAUUCAACCUGACCUGCCUCUUCUCUUCAAUUUUUGGCCUAUGCCUCGGCGCCUCCAACAACUACACCACCUUCUUGGUCCUAACAGCAUUCGUCGGAUUCGGUGUCGGCGGGAACAUCCCCAUUGACACAACCAUCACGCUUGAAUUCCUCCCCCAGAACAGGCGCUUCCUCCUCGCCACCCUCUCCAUCUUCCAGCCCAUCGGCGUCGUCAUCUGCUCCGCCAUCGCCUUCGGCUUCAUCCCCACCAUGUCCUGCAGCCCCAACUUCUCCGAGGCCAACCCUCUCCCCAGCUGCGCAGCCAACGACCUCGCUCCCGGUGCCCCGUGCUGCGGGCGCAGCAACAACAUGGGCUGGCGCUAUCUCCUCUUCACGCUCGGCGGCAUCACCUUGGCCGUCUUCUGCCUGCGCUUCUUUGUGUUUCGGUUCCGCGAGUCGCCCAAGUUCCUUAUUUACCAGGGCCAGGACGAGGAGGCUAUCCGUGUCGUGCAGCAUAUUGCCAGGACCAACGGGCAUGAGUGCCGUCUGAGCCUGGCUGCGUUCGAGGCGCUGAAGAGCGGGAGCAGCUCCUUUGUUGGUAGUGGUAGCAGUGACGAUAGACCCACCAGCAAGAAGGUGAUGGGCGGGAUGGAGCGGUACAGGAUGUUGUUCUCGAGCGUGGGCAUGACGAGGCUAACAAUACUAGUGUGGUUAACGUAUAUCAUGGACUUUUGGGGCUUCACUGUUGCUGGUUUCUACCUCCCUCGCAUCCUCGCCCUCAAAAACGGAUCCGCCUCCCAGUCUCUCUCCUUCACCUACGCCUCCUACAUCUACACCUAUGCUCCCGGCAUCCUAGGCGUUCUCGCCGGCGCCGCCAUGUACCGGGUCCCUCGUCUCGGCCGCAAGUGGACCAUGACCAUCUCCUCCGCCCUCAUGGGCCUCUCCAUCAUCCUCUUCUCCACCGUCGACACCGUUGCCAAGAACCUAGGGCUCUUCACCAUGGAGUAUUUCUUCCAGUCCAUGUUCAACGCCGUGCUGUACGGCUGGACCCCCGAGGCCUUUCCCGCACCCGUCCGCGGCACGGCUUGUGGUGUGGCUAGCUUCUGGGGCAGGUUGUUCGGCAUCGUGAGCCCCUUGAUCGCGCAGAGCUUGUAUGGAGACGGGACGGCGGGCGAUGGGAAUAUGAAUGCGGUGUUGUAUCUUGCGGGUGGGGUUACUCUGGGGUGUGUGGUGAGCACGGCGCUGUUGCCGACGAAGAGGCUGGAGUCGUCGGAUGGGAGGUCGUAAGCAUUUUGAGAUGUAUGGUCAGUCUGUUCAGCGUAGCUAUCUACACCUAACAUGGCCGUAGCAUCUUCUUGUUCAACUGGUCGAGUUUGAUGAAAAUCAGACUCAGGAUUCUCCUCAUC